AGAAAAUCCACUGGCAGACAAGCGACGACUGGCAGACAGAUUCUGGAAGCAAUUUAUUGAGGUGAUCAUUGCCAGAACCUCCAAAGGCCUUUUGUGGCAACCUGGCCGAUGCAGGUGUGCUGGAAGACGGAUCUAUCACUCCGCAGCCACCUCCCUGUGUUGGUGUGCUUUGUGCUUGAUUGAUCGGGUCUUUCAGAGCGCUUCUGAGAGUGCGCUGGGCAAGCGGACGGCCGCUGAGGCGCUGCUGAGUGAUCUGCCCGAAAAUCUCACAGAUCAGCAAGUCCAGCAGCUCCUCAAUGACGCAGACCAGGUCACACCACACACCCACACUCAUCUAGUACCUCCCUAAAGUCAAUGAGCAUUCACUCUUGUCUGUCUGUCUGUCUGUCUGGCUGAUGGUGUGUGUUCACUCUCAGCUUCCAGUGGAGAGCAUCACGGCGUCCAACAUUCGCCGGGUGGUGGCGCAGUUCGACAAGAAGAUCAAGAAAAAUGCCGAGAUGCGAAUCAAGUUCGAUGGAGACCCUGAAAAGUGAGUCGACGAGCGGGAGGGAGGGAGAGAGAGAGGGAGGGAGGGAAGCGACCAAACCACAACCUCUCACACGGACAGACAGACACACAGGCAGACAGGCGCACACCACACGGUGUGUCGACUUACAGGUUUCUGAAGAGCGAGGUAGAUUUGGAUGAGGAGGUCAAGAAGCUGGAGCAGCUGUCGUCCAUGCCCGAGCUGUAUCCGGAGUUCAUCCAGCUGGGGGGAGCCCCCAUGCUCGUCGGGCUGCUCAGCCAUGCCAACACAGGCAAGCCAAGCCGGGAGGGGGAAGAGGGCGCUGAUGUGAUGUGGGGGAGGCACACGGGGGGGUCUGUCUGCGUGUAUUGAUUGCUUGGUGUGCGGACUGCAGACAUUGCUGUGGAGGUGAUGAAUGUGUUGAACGAGCUGACGGACCCCGACACCGUCCUCGACGCCUCAGAGCCUCAGGCAUUCAUCGACGCACUCGUAGGCCAACGCAUACGAUACGUGUCAUGAUCCUUGCAUGCAGGUCGAGUGUGCUUCUUUGUCCGUGUUCUGCCUCCCUCCCCUCCCAGAUAGCGUGUCAGCUGCCAGAAUUGUCCGUAGAGCUGCUCACCAGGAUCAAAGAAGGUAUGCUGGUGCAAUGGACAGAGAGAUGGAUGGAUGGAUGGAUGGAAUGCGCCAAGCCAACACAUGCAUGUGUGUAUCAAGCGCCGAUUCCUCUUGUUCCCCCUGUCUGUCCAUGCGCAUUGCAUUCCUUGCAGACGACAGCGAUGAGGAUUUCCAGGCGGUGUCGAGCACACUCAGUGUCAUCGAGAACCUCUGUGGUAGGGCUGGCUGGCUGUGGCGCUGUCACUGAUUGAUGGGCGGCAGAGCAUCUGCCAUGUUUGUUUCAGACCUGCAGCCCGAGACGGCGAUAUCGCGGUAUUUCAACGUGCCCAAGUGAGUGAGUGAGCAUGAGAGUCCACCACAGCCAAGCCACUGCCUGCUCGGCUCGCGUGCAUCAGGUUCAUUCCGUGGCUCCUGAAGCGCAUUCGGUCGCCGGACAAGGCCGACAAAAUCGACUACAACCGCGUGUAAGCAAACACGCCUCUCACACCGUCAGCACAAAGUGCAGCCCUGUCUGUCUGUCCGUCCGUCCGUCCGUCCGUGUGUGUGGGUGGCAUGACAUGGCAGUUACUCUGCGGAGAUUCUGAGUAUAUUUCUGCAGCAGUCGCGUGAGUGCCGUGAGAUGGUGGGCCGCACGGAGGCCCACCUCGACGGCGUCGACAAGCUGCUGAGGUGCAUCUCCGCCUACAGGAAGACAGACCCGGACAGCAGCGAAGAGGUAGCCCAGGCAGCUGGGCGGACGGAUGGGAGCAAUGGCCAUGCCACCCGCCAUGCGCGUGUGUGCAGGAGGAGUACGUGUCGAACCUGUUCUCGUGCCUGUGCAGCCUGAUGAUGGUGUAAGCACCCGCCCACCUCAGCCUUCGUCCCUCCAUCCAUCCAUCCAUCCAUCCAUCUGUGCUGGGCUGUGUUGUAUUGUAUUGUGCUACAUGCAUGUAUCCUUCCUUUGGUUUGAUCAGUUCGGAGCACCAGGUCAGGUUUGGGCAGAUCCAGGGCAUCGAUUUGGCGAUUCGCAUGAUGAAGUGAGAGGGCAGUACAGACAGACAGACACACUGGCGGGCGAGGGUGUGCCGUGUGCUGUGCUGUGCUGCCAUCACUGUUCUGUUCAGGGAGCGUAAGUUCGCGUGCCGCCUGGCGCUGCGUCUGCUCAACUACGCCCUGCAGGGAUGCGCACCCAACUGCCAAGUCUUUGUGGAGAAGUGAGCAGACAGAGAGGCGCACAUAGGUCACUCAGCCCGCAUCUCGAUAAAUGGAAUGUCCUCGUCCGUCAGGGCUGGUCUGAAGACCAUGUUUUCGAUGUUCAUGAGGAAGGGCGUCAAGGGCAAGAGAGCAUCCACCGAAGAGAGGGAAGACGACGGUAGGUAAACCUGACAGGCAGACAGACAGACAGACAGGCAGGCAGGGAGCCAACUGGGCAGCCGACGGGGGAGAGCCUCACUGUGUGUGUGGAUCGGUCCAUGUGCCUGCCUGUGUCCAUCCAUCCAUCCAUCCAUCCAUGUGGUUGGUUCAGAGCACUGCUGCGCCUGCAUCCACUCGCUCUGCCGCUUCUGCACCGGCACUGAAACAGGUGAGUGAAUGCCGAUCGGCACCAGACAGACCACCCGACCCCACCCGACCCACAAGACAUCUCCCCCGCUCUGUUGCGAUGAAUGCACGUGUGUGUGUGUGCAGCCCGUGUGCUCAACAAGUUCACGGAGAACACCUUUGAGAAGCUGGAGCGGCUGCUGGAGCUCCACGACACCUACAAAACACGGGUGCGGCACCGGUGGAGAGAGGAAGGGAGGGAGGGGGGGACAAUCCAUCCAUCCCUGUCUAUAAUGGGUGUGUGUUGGUGUGUGCAGGUCGAGGAGGCAGAGGAGCGGUUCAAAACACGCGAAAGGGACGAUGAGGAACUCAAAGAGGUACAUAGCUCUCGGGGUGUGUGCAAGCAGGCGGGCUGCAGCGGAUUCCCUCGACUCUGUGUGUGUGUGUGUGUGUGUCUGUGUGAGUGCUUGUACAGCUCGAGGUUGACGAGAAUGAGCAGCGGUUUCUCGACAGGUGUGAGAACGGCCUCUUCACUCUACAGCAGAUCGACCUCAUCAUUCUGCGACUCGCUAACAUGGGCAACGAAGCGGUCAGUGCCAGUCCAUCCCAUUCACUGCUGCACACUGGGUGUGUGUGGCACCUGCACAUGGGUUGGUGGCCUCAGGUGCGGAGUCGUUUGCUGGCUCUCCUGGGCGUCAAGGGCAUUGCCACCAAGGAGGUAGUUGACGUCGUCACCGAAUAUGCACAGAACCUGGGCCAAGACGCUAAGGUGUGUUCGCACACAACCUCACUGCCUGCGGUGGCACCGCACAGACGUUUGUGUGUGCGUGUGUGUGUGUGCGUGCGUGUGUGUGUGUGCAGGCGGAGAAGGAUGAGCUGCCGGGUCUGUUCGGUGCGUUGCAGGACCAGCCAGCCCAAACAUAAGUGAGG